AUGAGCUGGCCUGGGUGCAUACUACCCAAGUGUAUCAAAGACAUUGCACAGAAUCCUCCGCAGAUUGGCGACACGAUAAAGAUCAACGGAUGGGUCAAGUCUCUAAGAAUAUCCAAAAAUGUUGCAUUUGUCGAUCUCGUCGAUGGUUCCUCGCACGGAGACAUCAAGUGUGUCAUUCGGCCACCUUCGCUGAUCCCGAAAGCAUUGAACACUGGCGCUGGAGUCCAAAUAUCAGGUGUCUGGAGCGAAGGUAAGGGAAAACAGAGUUACGAGCUACAGGUGACCGAGCAGCACGAACCGCAGAUCGAGGUGUAUGGUGGAGUUGAAGAGCUGUAUCCGCUGCAAAAGAAGACUCACUCCAGCCAAUUUUUACGAAGUAUACCUGAGUAUCGGUGGAGAGUUCCGGAAGCCGGCUCUAUUCUCCGGAUGAGCUCUAAAUUAGAGUCUGCUAUCUCACAUUUCUUCGACGAACACUCGUUUUUCAAAACCCACCCGCCAACAGUGACAAGCAGUGACUGUGAGGGGGCUGGCGAGCUUUUCCGUAUUGAGUCAGAAUCGAAGCUCGGCAGUCCAGAGCAGUUCUUUGGCAAGAAUGCAUAUAUGACCGUUUCGACUCAAUUGCAUCUUGAAGUUCUGUGUGCAGCCUUAGGCCGUGUCUGGACGCUGACUCCAUGCUUUCGCGCCGAGGAGAGCGACACAAAUCGCCAUCUAUCUGAAUUUUGGAUGCUAGAGGCAGAGAUCGCUUUUAUUGACGACGUGAGCCAAUUGACUCGAUUUUCGGAGAAGAUGUUGCGCCACAUAGCUUGCGCACUUCAAAAUAGUGGGCCUGAUGAGUUUUCUGACGAAAUCAGACAACGUUGGGACAUGCUGGCCAAUGGCACUUACACUCAGAUCACAUACUCUGAAGCUGUAAAUCUCGUGCGACAAAACUCAAGCAACUUUAGGGCAGUUCCAGAGUGGGGAGACAGCCUGGGAUCUGAGCACGAAAAGUGGCUUGCAGGUGAAUAUUACAAGGGCCCUGUGUUUGUGACGGACUACCCUGAAGACCAAAAGCCUUUCUACAUGAAAAAAAACAACGAUGGAAAAACAGUGGCAUGUUACGAUUUGCUGAUUCCGCAAAUUGGAGAGCUGAUUGGUGGGUCUUUGAGAGAGCACGAUUUGCAGAAAUUGGAGCAGGAGAUUGCUGACCGACAAAUGGACAUCGGCCCACUACAGUGGUACCUAAACCUCAGAAAGAACGGAAGCGUGCCACAUGGAGGGUUUGGUAUGGGCUUCGAGAGAUUGCUGCAGUAUCUGAGCGGAGCUGAGAAUAUACGGGAUACCAUCCCAUUCCCUAGAACGACAAAUCAUUGUGCAUGUUAG